UUGAAGCCAUUCAACCAUGUCUCUAAAAUGACAAGCGCCAGUACUGGGGCUAUCUCAGGUCCACUUUUGAGAUCCUAGCUCAUGAGAAGUUUAAGGAGAUUAGGAAGAAGGCAGCGGCGGCGGAGGCCCAGAAUUGGGAGGUGCUUAUGGUGAGUGAUAAGACUUUCUAUGUCUUUUGCCUUCCGUGUUGCAAGAUUGUGGUUUCCACCGGAGCUCUUGAUCAUCUCAGGACGGAUGCCGAGAUCGCCACUUUGCUUGGGCGCGAGGAUGCCCAUGUCAUCAUUGCUCGCCAUGGUGCGGAGAUAGCUACAAAGGAAUUGUGGUUGGAUAUUCAUGCACCAUGUCGUUGCUAUGGUAGGGAAUUAUUAAAUCCGUCUAAACUUCUACAGCUACCGAAAUUCUUCAAAAGAAUGGAAAGAGAGACAAAUGAGAUAGGCCUCUUGUUGAUGGCGUAUGCUGGAUAUGACAAAAGUGUCGCACCAAGAGUUUAUGAAAAACUUGCAGGGAUCAAUAGGUUUACUUUAUGGGACUAUUGA